GGCAGCGCCUCCUCCCUUUUGCACCCGUCAAUGCCCUCCGGAAUUCCGCGUUCCUGACAUGGACAGCUGAUCCGAUCCGGGAAUGUUUGCGCGCCGGGCGCGGGCCCUACUUAGCAGACAACGCGCGCGCUUUAACGCCAUAAGAAACGUGCCGUCAACGCCUCAAACUCCUCUUGCUUCGAACUCUCAGGAGGCUUUUCAUCUUGUCUGUUACCGCCAUCAUCGCCAUCCACCCCGACGAUGACCUCCCUCACGACCGUGCUCACGAUCAGCCCCAUCCUCCUCGCCGCGCUUCCCGGCGCGUACGCGAAGGGUGGCGGCGGACACGGAUCGUCCCACAGCAGUGGCAACACAGACACGAGCAGUGGCACUGGGAGUGGCGGGACGGACUCCUCCAGUGGAGGCAUAUCUGGCAGUGGAAGUGGCUCGAGUACGGACUCUGAUGGCGGCUCAUCAGGCUCAAACUCGGGCUCGAACUCGAACAGUAACGGUCGUCCUUACUCCGGCGGCAACAACCACAGCAGCUCCUCUCUCUGCGUCAUGACCAGCACAAUCGACGUCUCUGCAUCCACGACCUCUUAUGCCACAUACACGACUGCUUGCUCCGUCUCCAGCAACAACCAAACGCACGCGAGCAAGCACAAAUUAUCUGGCGGUGCGAUUGCAGGGAUCGUUAUUGGUUCUAUAGCCGGGACUGCCAUCCUCGCGUUCAUUUUGUGGCUCCUGUGCAGGAGAAGAUGGAACACCAGGCGAUAUGGCGAUCGCGAGACGUCCAUCGCGGCCCCUGAGGGCAGCAAGCUCAUGAGCCCGAAGGCUUAUGAGGCGCUCGGGGAGGGGACGUCUGAGAAACACAUGUGGACUCAGAAGAAAUAAGCGCCACACAUCGUCGUGUUCUCCCUAAAGUCUCUCUUUGGUGUGUGCAAACCAUAUCUGAACGUUCGUCCAGUCAACUUACUCGCCAUCAGUAGCUUUCAGCUGUUCUGUCCUUUAGAGCGUCGAUAGACAUCGUUGUCAUUCCCCGG